AUGGAGACUUACGUCGAUGCGACUGGUGUGGACACGGCAGCCACAACGACGGAACCUACGCCGGCCACGCAGACGAAGAGGAAGAAGUUAAAGGUUAUGAUUGCGAUUGAUGAGAGCAAGAACAGCUUAUAUGCGUUGGAAUGGGCAGUGGAUCAUCUCAGAGAUGUUCUUAGAGCCGAACCGGAAAACGAUCAAGAAGGCGGUUUACUUACGUUGCUUCAUGUUCAUCCACCGCACCUUCAAUAUAUCUACCCUUCUGGCGGAACCGCUACGGCGGUGUAUGCGACAGAUUCAGUUGCUGAAUCAAUGAGGAAAGCACGAGAAGAGAGCACGACCAAGUUGUUCACACGGGGAUUGGAGAUUUGCCGAGGCAAAAUGGUGAAGACGGAAACGAUGAUAUUGGAAGGAGAUCCAAAGGAGAUGAUAUGCCAAGCGGUCGAGCAAACCCACGUGGAUCUUCUUGUUGUUGGUAGCCGUGGACUCGGCAUGAUCAAAAGGGCCUUUCUAGGGAGUGUGAGUGAUUACUGUGCCCAACAUGCGAAAUGUCCAAUUCUCAUCGUACGUCCACUUAGAGAAACCUCGACUAGUAAGGAACACACCAAGAGCAAGUAA